UCCUUCCCAGUGCGCACGGAUCUCUCGGCGGCUGCACCGUCGGACCGACCAGCUCAGGAUGAGUUCGUUCAGCACGAGGGCCCUGACGCUGCUCUCCUCCGUGUUCGGGGCCUGCGGUUUGCUCCUGGUGGGCGUCGCCGUGUCGACCGACUACUGGCUGCUGAUGGAGGAGGGCAUCGUGCUGCAGCAGAACCAGACCACCGAGGUCAAGAUGGCGCUGCACUCCGGCCUCUGGAGGGUUUGCUUCGUCGCAGGACCUGAGAAGGGCAGAUGUGUGGCGUCAGAGUAUUUCACCGAGCCUGAGAUAGAGAUUACUACAGAGAAUACGGCCAACAUACUCAAAAUGGUACGAACCGCCACUCCAUUCCCCAUGGUCUCCCUGCUCUUCGUGUUCACCGCCUUCGUCAUCAGCAACAUCGGACACAUCCGGCCGCAGCGCACCAUCCUCGCCUUUGUUUCUGGAAUAUUCUUCAUACUGUCAGGUCUCAGCCUGGUGGUCGGGCUGGUCCUCUACAUCUCCAGCAUCAACGACGAGGUGAUGAACAGACCCAGAGAGCCCGAGCAGUUCUUCCACUACCACUACGGCUGGUCCUUCGCCUUCGCCGCCUCCUCCUUCCUGCUCAAAGAGGGUGCAGGAGUGAUGUCUGUCUACCUCUUCAUGAAGCGUUAUGCUGAGGAGGAGCUGUACCGGCCCCACCCUGCCCUCUACCGCCCCCGCCUGUCCGAGUGCAGCGACUACAGCGGCCAGUUCCUGCACCCCGACUCCUGGCCGCCCCCGCAGCGCGGCCGCAGCGCCUCCGACGUCUCCUCCGACAUCUCCAUCCAGCUCAACCAGACGCCUCCGCCGCAGCCGCCGCCCAAAUCGGGGGGCAGCUCCCAGCCGACGCCCUCGUCCUCGGGGCCCUCGUCGGCGGCCAGCUACCAGCUGCAGCCGGCGUCCUCCUCCUCCACCUCCUCCUCCUACCCACACCCUCUCCACCCCGCCGCCACCGCCACCUCCACCCUAUCCAGGUCCUCGCACUCCCACAUCGCCCAGCCCUACCCCCAGCCCCACCCUCACCCAAGCGGGCCCCCGCCCCAGUCCCUGCCCAUGGCGGCGCCGCCCUCCGCCGUGCCCCCGCCACGCUACCACACACACAUGCGAAUGAGCGCCUCGCCAUGCUAG